CUCUUCAGUAGUUUGUGCGUCAACCUGACAGAUUUGUUGUCACUUGACAGAGGCAAAAGUACAGUUUUCAAUUUUUCACGCAGUUUUCAACAAGUUUCAUUAAUUCGUAAAACAUUUGUUAUAAUUGAUAAAAUAUUAGAAUGAGCCUAUGAGAUUUUUACUCUGAUAAUAUGUCUCAUUCUCUUAAAUUACUUUAUAGACAAACACAAUGCUUCCUAAAUAUAACCACACCGGUGAGAUGUAGUGCAAACCAAUAUCCAAUCCGGAUUUUAGCUAGGGGUAUCAGUUAUCAAAAUAACCCAUCGUGGAAUACAUUAAAAAGUGUGAAGUUUAAUAGUAUAUCUUCGUGUCAAAUACGAAACUACAUUAAACCUGAAGGGAACAAUGCCUGUUGCACGCCUGAGAAACCCACACCCCCAGAAAAACAAGGGCUUUUUCAAAAGUUUAAGGAUAUGUACAAAAACUACUGGUAUGUCUUAGUACCCGUGCACAUGGCUACAUCUGCAGUUUGGCUGGGUUCUUUCUACUAUACUGUGAGAAGUGGUGUAGAUAUUAUACCUAUGCUAGAAGCAUUGGGGAUCAGUGAAAAACUGAUAGAACCUAUGAAAAACUCAACAGCGGGCUAUUAUGCACUUACUUUUGCUCUGUAUAAAAUAGCCACACCCCUUCGAUAUGCAGUCACUGUUGGUGGCACAACCCUUGCUAUUCGAAAGUUGACUGCACUGGGUUUGAUCAAACCAGUGCCAUCCAGGCAGCAAUUCAAGGAGAUGCUGCUAGAGAGAAAGGAUGACUUUCAGGAUAGGUUCAAAGAGAGUAAGGCUCACUACCGGACACAGAUGCGGCAGCAGGGCACCAAGGUUAUGGACGAAAUGCGACGAUAUAAAACUGAAAUACGAAACAUGAAGAAUAAAGUCAAGAAAAUGUGAGACUCGCUAAAUCAGAAAAGUAGUGUUGUGAGUUAGGGUUUAGCCAAACCUUAAGGGUUAAGGCGGCCCACUUCCCUAUUUAAGCAUAGUCCUCAUUUUUUCUGCAUGAUACUGACAUUUUGGAAAACCAUAGCAUAACCCCAUUUGAGUUUACUUUUAUUAUUAAAGAAAUGAGAGCAACAUACAAAUUUCGUUCAAAUACAUAAAAUCGAAUAACUCUUAGAAUAAUUUAAAAAUCAAAUGCAACAAUAUAGCUGUGAUUAUACCAAUGCCAUUCAAUUGUUUUUUUUUCCAUACUGAUACUAUCCAGAAACGAAAAUGGGGUCUUAUCUGUAUAUGGAGAAACAGCAUGACUUUCCUGUAGGAUGUCACAUCUAAAUCUUCUGUUGCAUAGAUUAGAUUUUCAAAAUUCAGUUAAGUAAGAGCCCAAUAGUUGAGUUUAUAUUGUGUAGGAAAUGGGGUGCUUGGCACUGAAAGUGUCAAGACUCGGCUGAGGCCUAACCCACUUCACUAGAUAAAGGCAAUGACUAUUUAAAUAUUCAUCAUAAGAUGCAUAAGCUAGUAGUUGUUGUAUGAGAAAGUGUUUACACUUCUGUGAUGCACAAUAUAAAUUACAAGUAUCAUUCUUGAUUUCCCAUUUUAUUUUAAAAUAUAAAAUAGGUAUUAGUACCUAUUUAGCACUACAAAUUUCAUUAUUUUAUUUUAGAAAUUCGUGAUACUUGUAAUCUGUGGGUAAUGUUAAUGUGGGAACUGUCCAUUACAAGGCAAUAGGAAUUUCAUAUAAAUUGUUUAAAGAAAAUACUUUUUAUGAAUUUCACUAUAUGUAUAUUUAUAUAUGGGCCAAAGAAAAACGGCGGUUGUAAAAGGUUACUUAUAAAAUAAGAUCCUUAUAAUAUAAAUUAUUAAACAAUUUAUUAAAUUUUGAAAGAUUUAUUGUUUAAAUAUUAUUAUUUAAAUAUUAAAAAGUUAUGCCUUAAGAAACCAUCUUUAUUUUGUAUAAAAGGGUUAAAUAAUCACAUUUUUUCUCAGCAAUAUGUACAGAUUAUAAAACAACCUAAAAUUAAGUACACAACAAGACAGCACUUAACUGGAAUGUAUAGGAGAGCCAUCAUUAGUGUAUGGGGAUGACAUUGAAUUUGCCAUUUAGUUUCAUUGCCACAGACCCGAGUUCAUCACCAGAUGUGCUGUCAUAUGGCGUUUUCUUUAAAACGUAAUAAAUGCAUAGCAACAUUGACCGCUUAUAGUGGGACAAAAUGUUUGUAAUUUUUUUUUCCAUUAAAUGCCAUUAGCAAUGUAUGUCAUUAGGUCAUAACUAUUAUAUUGCAGAUCAUUUCGUCGCAAAAAUGCAUAAAACUGUCUUCAAAAGUCUAAACUAAUAAUGGCAUAUAGCAAUAGUCAAAAUAGUAAAUCAGCAAUUCACUUGUCAUUCGCGGUAUAGUAGAAACAUAUCUACAGAUGUAGCGCAAAAUUGUUUGCCAUUGUAUUUUUUUCGGAAACGGUCAUCUUGGAUACUAAGUACAUACAGCCCGGCAAAAAAUAAUAGAAAUUUAACUAAUUGUUUUUAUCACAGCAACACUUAUUGUUCUCAUACAAAAGUGACUCAAUAGUUGCCACAUGCAUGCAAACGGUUUACAUAGACGUUGGCGCCUCUAUAAAUUUCUCUUUUUUGCCAGGCUGUACUUUAGGCAACCAUAGUAUUUUUGUACUGAGAUUGAAAUAGUAUAACAUGUUUGCAGUAAAAACUGGAUAAUAAAUCAUUGUGCUACAUCUGUACACAAAAUAAUCAGCGGUGUCAUCACACGUAUUUUUAUGACCUAUCCAUGAUAUUUAUACCUGUCACGGUGUAGUGUAAAACCUGUGUGCAAAAAAGGCAUACAUGGUGAAAUGAGGUAAAAAUAAGACCAUGAUGACAGAGCAGUAAUCUAUCGAUAUCACAUCUAUAACAGGUGUGUGCCACUGUUGGCUCCAACUAAUCACAUUAUACAAUUACAUAUUCAUGCAAUUUGCUAUUUUUAUGAUAUAUUGAACAGAUUAGCCUAUUUACGGACUUAUAAUUACCUAUAACAAACUACACAUUUUCGUAAUGUUUAUCGACUUGUGUAUAGUAUAUGUAUAUGAACAUCUAA